AUGAUUGGUUCUCAUGUGACCCGAACUAUUCUGGAAAUUUUAAAUGGAUCAGAUGAUGUAGGUGUGGUGAAUGAUACGUUCAUCGUUCUUAUUCUGAAAGUGAAGGAAGUACGAAGAAUGCAUGAGUUCAAGACGAUUAGUCCAUGUAAUGUGGUUUACAAGAUUGUUAGCAAGGUUCUAGGAAAUCAUUUGAAGUUGGUUCUACCAUCAGUGAUCUCGCUGAAUCAAAGUGCUUUUAUUAGGGGUCGAUUGAUUAGUGACAAUGUUCUUGCAGCCUUCGAGGUGUUCCACUUUAUAAAGAAUAAGCGCCACAGAAAGAAUGGAUGUUUUGCGCUAAAGCUUGACAUAAGUAAAGCCUAUGACCACAUCAAAUGUGGGUUUCUCUAA